AUGGCUCGGCGGCCGGGCUGGGGCUGCGGCGGCUCCUUCUUUUGGCUGCUGGCGCUGGCGGCCGCCUGCCUGCUGCCCGGCGCCCAGGUGAGGAAGGCGCUCCGGUGCCCGGCCACAUGCAGCUGCACCAAGGACUCCGUCAUCUGCGUCGGCUCGGCCAGUGUGCCGCGCCUCGUCCCCGGCGACAUCAGCUCCUUGUAAGUCUUAAAUGGAACCUUUCCCGAAAUCAGGGAAAGAAUGUUUUCUCAUCUGCCUUCCCUCCAGUUGCUGCUGCUGAAUUCAAACUCAUUCACUAUAAUACGGGAUGAUGCCUUUGGUGGUCUUUUUCAUCUAGAGUACUUAUUUAUUGAAGGGAACAAAAUAGAAACCAUUUCAAGAAAUGCAUUUCGCGGCCUUCGAGACUUGACCCACCUCUCUUUGGCCAACAAUCAGAUUAAAGCUCUGCCAAGGGACAUCUUUGGUGAUUUAGAUUCUCUGAUUGAACUAGAUUUAAGGGGAAAUAAGUUUGAAUGUGACUGCAAAGCCAAGUGGUUGUUUUUAUGGUUAAAGAUGACAAAUUCCACUGUUUCUGAUGUCCUGUGUAUUGGUCCGGCAGAAUUUCAGGACAAGAAGUUAAAUGAUGUCUCCAGUUUUGACGACGAAUGUACCACUACAGAUUUUGUAGUUCAUCAGGUUUUACCCUAUCAGUCGGUUUCGGUGGACACCUUCCAUUCAAAGAACGAUGUGUAUGUGGCCAUCGCCCAGCCAAGCAUGGAAAAUUGCAUGGUGCUAGAAUGGGAUCACAUUGAGAAGAACUUCAGGAGUUACGAUAACAUUACCGGUCAGUCCAUAGUGGGAUGCAAAGCUAUCUUGAUUGACGAUCAGGUCUUCGUGGUGGUGGCUCAGCUCUUUGGUGGCUCGCAUAUCUAUAAGUAUGACGACAGCUGGACCAAGUUUGUCAAAUUCCAAGACAUUGAGGUCUCCCGCAUUUCAAAGCCAAACGACAUCGAGCUCUUUCAGAUAGAGAGCGAAAUGUUCUUUGUCAUCGCUGACAGCUCAAAAGCUGGUCUGACCACAAUUUACAAAUGGAAUAACAAGGGGUUCUACUCUUACCAGUCCUUACACGAAUGGUUCCGAGACACAGAUGCCGAGUUCGUUGACAUAGAUGGGAAAUCCCACCUAAUUCUAUCAAGCCGCUCACAGAUCCCCAUCAUUCUGCAGUGGAACAAAAAUUCGAAAAAGUUCGUCCCGCACAGUGAGAUCCCCAAUAUGGAGGAUGUCCUGGCCGUGAAAAGCUUCCGAAUCCAAGACGACCUCUACCUUUCCCUCACAAGAUUUAUAGGUGACUCAAGAGUCAUGAAGUGGAACAGCAAACAGUUUGUGGAGAUCCAAGCUCUUCCUUCCCGGGGCGCCAUGACCUUGCAGCCGUUCUCCUUUAAGAAUAAUCACUACCUAGCCCUGGGCAGUGACUACACCUUUUCCCAAAUCUUCCAGUGGGACAACGAAAAGAAGCUCUUUAAAAUAUUUAAGGAAAUCUAUGUGCAGGCCCCUCGUUCGUUCACAGCGGUGUCCACAGACAGAAGAGAUUUUUUCUUUGCUUCAAGUUUUAAAGGCCACACACAAAUAUUUGAACACAUAAUAGUCGACCUGAGUUUAUGAAGGAGCCGUGGGAGGGAGGAGGGCAGGGUGGGGUGGGGAACUCAUGUACAAUGAAGUUUUCUCUCAAAACACACACAGAGAGACAGAGAAAGGACAGAUUACUCACUUCCAGAAGGUAGGAGGCGCCUUGCAGCAUUAGUCAGGAGUUUUCUGGAUUUUUUAGACGUUUGCCUAUUUAAUCAGGGAUUGAUUGCAUUAACUUGGUUAACUGCAUGCCAUGCCCAUUUUACAGCCUAUAAUUACUCUUGGAAAGCAUGCCACGCUUUAGAAUUAAUUCUAAUGCUUCUAAAACAUCAGUGCAAGUACUGAAGGAGGAGGUGGGAAAAGCAGAAGGGGCGAGAUAGGGCACCACAUUGGAACAAAAGAGGAGGGGGAACACACCCACGUGGCGGCUCUCCUUUUAGCUGACCUUUUCAGGACUAGUAUUUAAGGAGCAAUUCCACGUAUUUCCCCAUGAUUUGGUUAAAGGAGUGGGGGAUGCUUGUUCUAUCAUCUUUGCUUUUCGCCGGCGGCCUAGGUUGCCCCUUGGAAUACCCACAGGAAGAGGAAACAGUUCUGCUUACUGGACCUUUGGAGGAGCAAGUAGAGGCUGAGCCCCUAGAGGGCAUUCCUUAGCCCUGAUUUAGAAAAAACUGAGGGUUUUUUGGAAUGCUCAGUCUGUCUGCUUUAGGGAAGUAACUUACAUCUUCCCUCUGAAGGUCAACUUACCAUAUCCCUGCAUUCGUCAGUCCACUUGGCUCUGAACUACAGUGAUAAUACAGAGAUCUGUGGCUACCUCCAACCCAGGGCUCUGCCAUGUAUCUUUCCAAUCACAGCUAGUAAAAAGGUGUAAUGUAACACAAUCCCAUGCAAUUCAUCCAUCCCCCCCCCCCAACCUGGGAUCUAACCCAUGUUAAGUAUGUCAAAGGACCUCAACGUACCAUUGAAUUUUACAAAGUCUUAACUCUCCCACUGAACGAAGCAGGACUAGGUGGUGUUUUGAC